AUGCUUCUGACUUCCGAAGCAUACCCGGGAAUGAGGAAGAAAUCGCAUCCCUGGAUUGGAUGCCUGGAUAACUUCCGCAGGUUUCUCUGUGGUUGUCGGGAAGCAAAGGUCACGCCUGUCAAGAUCGCCAUCAUCGAUGAUGGCAUGAGCGACCCAUCCCUCCAGGGGGCAAUCGCAAUGGGCAAGAGCUUCUCGCACUACCCCAACUCGACCGAGUUCAUGAAUUCUUAUUUCAUUCCACCGGGCAAGUACGGAACUCAGAUGGCCAAACUGAUAACCCAAAUCUGCCCCGAUCCACGUCUCUUCAUCACCAGGCUGGAGGAGCGUUUAGCUCCAGAUGGCAGCGGGCGAUGUAUCACGGCAGAGUCUGCCGCCAAGACAGUGAUAUGGGCGGUUGAUUGCAAGGUGGACAUAAUAUCGAUGAGGUGGACGAUAGAAAACGGGACCACAAACAGCGAGGACAUCGAAGCGCUUCGCAAGGCCGUAAAAAAAGCCCACAAACAAAAUAUUCCCAUGUUCUGCUCGACGAGCGACUCGGGUGGCAGCCAGUACGACCGCUCGUUCCCUUGCCAAUGGUCAAACGAGUGCACGCGGAUUGGCGGCGCCUCUCACCGGGAGAUGAGCUUGCCCGGCUCGCUGGCUGCCGCUUGUGCCUCUGGGCUUGCCGGCUUGUUGCUCCAUUGCGAGCGGUUGCUGGGGUGGAAAGUCAUUGUGAACAAGGAGAAGAUGGACAACGUCUUCAAGGUCCUCGCCCAAUGGGGCCGGUUUCCCCACGUACGGCCCUACUUCGAUAAACACUUCAAAAAGCUCUACGGUGACGAAAUCGGGGAUAAAACGACCCUUGUGGAUAUUCCCAAGCUACACUGGGAUCAUGAGACGAGAAAAGGACUGGAAAAUCUCAUGGCUGCAUUAACGACUCACAUAUCAGCUUAG